UUCUCCUCCUCCUCCUCCUCCUCGUCAACAGCUAGCCAGCUACAGCAGCUCAGAACCGAGCACAGAUCGAAGCGGAGCCAAACGAAAGAAGGGACCUAACCUAGCCAGCCGGCGAUCGACCGAGAGAUGGCGCGGUGGUGCCAGCUGGCGGCGGUGCUGCUCGCCGUGUCGAUGGCGGCGUCGACGUCGGUGGCGCAGGACGCGCUGCAGACCAAGUGCCAGGAGGACCUGCAGAAGCUGUCGGACUGCAUGGACUACGCGACGGGGCACGAGGACACGCCGUCGGCCAAGUGCUGCGAGGACACGGCGGACACGCAGAAGUCGCGGCCCGAGUGCCUCUGCUCCAUCAUCCAGCAGGUGCACAGCGGCAGCCACGGCGUGCAGCAGCUCGGCCUCCGCUUCGAGCGCCUCCUGGCCCAGCCCGCCGCCUGCAAGCUCCCCAACGCCAACGUUUCCCUCUGCAUCAACCUGCUGCACCUGACCCCGAGCUCGCCAGACUACGCUCUCUUCGCAAAUGCUUCCAAGAUUACUCCGUCCACUGCCGCACCGGCGAGAGACACUGCCGACGGCUUCAAGGUUCCGACGGGGCUCGGUUACGGCGUCGUGGCGGCGGCCGUCGUCUCUGCUCUCAUCUCAUCCAUCUUCUGAUUUUCGGACAAGCACACGCCCUUCUAUCCUCUCCCUUUCUUCUAUCCUUCACGUUUGUUUCCAUAACUCUGCAAGUUCCCACACAACGACGAUGCUUUAGAUGGUCUAUAUCUACUCACGUGGUAAAAGGAUUCGUUCGGAUGACGUACUGUUGUUUUACCCCAGAUAAGUAGAUGGAGAGUUGAGACUUGUGUUUCUUCAUGUGGAAGUGAUGGUUUGCAGUAAUAUCCUGAAAAAGUGUGGUUAUGUUCUUCUUGUUUUAAUCAAAAUCUGGUACGCAAACGCCAUGUGUUGAUGGCAGAUGCUUAACCACGACAGAGCUAUAUUGAUAUUUAUUUCGUGGA